UAGUGAGUUAUUUGGGUGACGGUUUUAUAAUUUUUAUUAACCAACCCUACAUAGAAAUCGAAGGAAAUCGAAAUGGUUGAGCAAUCAGAAAACAUGGCGCCGAGAAAGAAGAAACGGCCGUUUCCGUCUUCAUCAUCAAACAUGGCAGAACCACCUCAAACCGAAAAGAAGGCAUCAUCAUCAUCAUCAUCAUCAUCAAUGACGCCAGACUGGACUCAGCUCCCUGAAGAGCUACUUCACAUUAUCACGGAGAAACUAGACAACUGUUUCAACGUGAUCCAUGCUCGGUCUGUUUGCACCUCAUGGCGAUCCACAUUUCCCUUUCCUCAUUCCCUGUUACGUCCAAGCUACUCUUUACCGGCGUUUGGCGAUUUCCCUUACGUUAGCAAAGGCUCGUGCACUCUCGAGAAGGUCCCUCUGUUUCUCUUCAGAGUCCAAACCCCUGCUGCUUCACCAUCAGAGUAUUUCUUGGGAGGAGUAGGCCGAGAUGAGUCUGUGGAUUAUAUGGAGCUUCAGUAUCCUAUCCAAUUCUCGGUUAAGAUCCCAGGAUAUGAACCAAACGUGCUGAACAUACGCAACAGCCAGGUCUUCCCUCUGGGUCACCAGUACAGAAUCAUGGGUUGGGAUCCUGAAUCGUGGUCAACGAAGUACGGAGGCGUGGCUUUUCUUCCGCUAAACAAGGAGGGAGGAGAGUUUGUACUUCUCCUCAAUUACUCUAUGGAUCUGUUAGUGUUGAGAAGUUCUGAGAUGAGGUGGAUGCAGCUUAAGGAAACCUCACGUGCUCAAUGCUGCCACAUAGUCGCUUUCAGAGGAAGAUUCUAUGCGACCUUUGUCAGCGGGGACCUCUUCAUUUACGAUCCUUAUACGCUGAAACGGACUCCCUUCGCACCGUCGCCGCCUCUGAGGUCAAGCAAAUACCUGGUUCAAGCCGGUGACGAUGAGCUUUUACUCGUUGAGAAGUUCAACCCGUUUCCUGAUGCUGAGAUACUUGAUUUUAACCGGUUCACUUGUAGAGUGAGCAGGCUAGACAAUGAAGCUGAUAAAUGGGUUGAGAUCACCGAUUUGGGAGACCGUGUGUUGUUUAUUAGAGACUCUGGAAAUGUUUGCUGCUCGGCUAAGAAUCUUCCCGAUGGAUGUGGUGUGAGCGGGAACUCGAUUGUGUUCACCAACACGGGCUAUAUGACAUACGCCUACAAAUACGGGGUACAUACGGGAAGGGAAGAUGACGAGCUCAAUAUUUGGAGAUUCUCAAGAGAGAAUCGUGUGACAAUCGUCAACACAUCCCCUAUGGUGGCUUUCCAGGUUCAGCCUGAAACCAGAUAUCGUACUUUGGAUAACUGAGACAUCCUUUUUCAUUAGAUCAGAACACAUUGAUGUUAUGUUUAAUACGCUGAUCAUUUGUAUUCUAUUUAAUAUAUGGAACUAGGAAAUGCUUGGAAUCGCUUGACUAAUUGAUGUAUCGUACCUCUGUUCACCGUUGGGUUUUAGAGUGUUUU